UAUUACUACUUCUUUUUAUUAAUAAUGGCUCGUACUAAACAAACCGCUCGUAAAUCAACCGGUGGUAAGGCACCACGUAAACAGCUAGCCACGAAGGCCGCCCGUAAGAGCGCACCGGCAACCGGAGGAGUGAAGAAGCCUCAUCGUUACAGACCCGGUACUGUGGCACUUCGUGAGAUCCGUCGCUACCAGAAGAGCACGGAACUUCUCAUCCGCAAGCUACCCUUCCAACGUCUAGUACGUGAGAUAGCUCAAGAUUUCAAGACCGAUCUGCGUUUCCAGAGCUCUGCGGUGAUGGCUCUGCAGGAGGCUAGCGAGGCGUAUCUCGUAGGUCUCUUCGAAGACACGAACCUUUGCGCUAUUCACGCUAAACGCGUCACUAUUAUGCCUAAGGACAUCCAGCUAGCAAGAAGGAUUCGCGGCGAACGUGCCUAAACGUAGAAGUGUCAAUGGUGUUGUUUUUUUAUAUGUGUAUGUACCUAAAUAGUUGUGUGUGUGUGUUAUUAUAAUACUGGUAUAUAUAUAUAUAUAUAUACACACACAUAUAUUUAUAGUUCAUCCUACGUAUAUAAACAUAACAACAACGAAUAUAAAAAAAAGGCCCUUUUCAGGGCCGCAUAUAUAUCUGAAUUAAUAAAAUAACGUUUCAUACGACCGAUAACGUCUAAACAACAAUAUUAUGCCUAUCUAUGAACAAUAAUAUAUAAUUAGUGAACGGAGAAAUAUUUUAUAUACCUAAUAUAAAAUUUAUUAUGUUACGUAUUUAUUAUUAACCACACACAGCGCCAGUAUUUAGAUCAAAUAAAUCGAUAGAUAUGUAUAAGUAGCAAUAACAACAUAUUAAUAUAAUACGCGUGUAAAAAAGUAAAA